GUCGGUAGGCCUCCUGCCCAACCGUAGGCCACGGGGAUUCCGCGGAGGAAGCAGCAGCGCCUGGGCGCACGCUUGGCACCAUGACCCAGACGCCCGCCUUCGACAAGCCCAAAGUAGAAUUGCAUGUCCACCUAGAUGGAGCCAUCAAACCUGAAACGAUCUUAUACUAUGGCAAGAAGAGGGGAGUCACCCUCCCUGCUGACACAGUUGAGGAGCUGCAGGAAAUCAUCGGCAUGGACGAGCCACUCAGCCUCCCAGGCUUCCUGACCAAGUUCAAUUACUACAUGCCUGCCAUCGUGGGCUGCCGGGAGGCUAUCAAAAGGAUUGCCUAUGAGUUUGUUGAGAUGAAGGCCAAGGAGGGCAUGGUGUACGUGGAGGUGCGUUACAGUCCACACCUGCUGGCCAAUUUUAAAGUGAAGCCGAUCCCCUGGAACCAGGCCGAAGGGGACCUCACCCCAGAUGAGGUAGUGCAGCUAGUGAACCAGGGCCUGCAAGAGGGAGAGAGAGACUUCGGGGUGAAGAUGCGGUCCAUCCUUUGCUGCAUGCGCCACGAGCCCAACUGGUCCCCUGAGGUGGUGGAGCUGUGUAAGAAGUACCAGCAGCAGACUGUGGUGGGCAUUGAUCUGGCUGGAGAUGAGACCAUCCAAGGAAGCAGCCACUUCCCUGGACACCUGAAGGCUUACGAGGAGGCUGUGAGGAGCGGCAUUCACCGCACAGUCCACGCCGGGGAGGCUGGCUCGGCAGAGAUGGUGAAGGAGGCUGUGGACAUGCUCAAGGCAGAGCGGAUAGGACACGGCUACCACACGGUGGAGGAUGAGGCCCUUUACAGCAGGCUGCGAGAGAGGAACAUGCACUUUGAGGUCUGCCCCUGGUCCAGCUACCUCACAGGCUCCUGGAACCCCGACACGGAGCAUGCAGUCGUUCGAUUCAAAAACGACCGGGCUAACUACUCGCUAAACACGGAUGACCCACUCAUUUUCAAGUCUACCAUAGACACUGAUUACCAGAUGACUAAACGGGACAUGGGAUUUACUGAAGAGGAGUUUAAGAGACUGAACAUUAAUGCGGCAAAAUCCAGUUUCCUCCCAGAAGAUGAGAAGAAGGAGCUACUGGAUCUGCUCUAUAAAGCCUAUGGGAUGACACCUUCAGCCUCUGCAGGGCAGCAACUGUGAAGACAUUGCAGAUGCUUCUCCGAGCCCUCACCUUGUGGAUGGAGACUUCACAGCCUGGGGGUUGAGCAAUACUUACCUUUACUUCUGGGAAGACUAUGCUGAUUCCAUAGUCAGCUCCUGAUGCUCUUGAAGCCUGUGUACCAUUGCUGUACAUACACACCUUGGCAUGGUCACCUCUCUUCUGGUUAUGGGCCAGGGCAAAUCUGAAACCUUCCUCCUCUGGUGAUUUAUAAUGAAAAGCUGGUGCUCAAUAAAGUCAAUGGCUGGUGUCA